AUGUCAUCUAGAAGGCAUAGGCACCCAUCAGGCAGUGAGAAAAGGAAAAAGAGGAAACGCUUAGAUGAGUUGACAGAAUCACAAAGAGGAUCCAUUGAUAAAUUUUUUAAGCACAAUACUAGCGCUUCGAGAAAUCAAGAUGAGUGGGCGAUAGUUGCUGUGGAAGAACAACCUAACACUAAUCCAGAAGAUCAAGACCCUACCGAUGACAAUGUUGGCAUCAAUACAGAUGAUGAUAUUAAAAAUGUGAGUAAUCAUGUGCCCUCUACCAGUGUAGAUGAAGAACCAGUUUUUACUACAAAUAUGUAUGAUCCGGUAAACUGGGACAAUCUUGAUAAUAAAGCAAGGGAUAUAUUAGUGGAGAAAGGACCUAUAAGAGAAGAAAAUAUUAUAUUUCCUUUGGAUGCCAACUCAAGACAUUUUUCAUACAGUCAUUACUCUAGAAAAAUGAAAAAUGGAGAGCUACGUGACAGAAAAUGGUUAGUCUAUUCAAAACAAGUUGACAAAGUAUUUUGCUUUUGUUGUAAGCUUUUUGGUUCUCACAACCGCAAGAGCUAUUUGGGGCUUGAUGGUUUUAGAGAUUGGAGGCAUACUAGUGAGAGGCUGAGAGAGCAUGAAGCUAGUGUUGAUCAUAUUAUCAACAUGAACUCUUGGAAUGAAUUGAGAGCUAGACUAAGCAAAAAUAAAACGAUUGACAAGAAGAAACUUUUAAGGUAA